AUGAUUACCAGGUAUGCUGCACUUCUAGCUCGAAGGCACUCAGCAGCCCCUUCAAGACCUUUUGCUGAUUCAAUGUCGUCGUCUUCGCCAUCAUCAUCAGAUGAUUGGAUUCCAUUGCAAUCCGCCACUGGAAGAGCCCGCAAACGACGUCGCAAGAUCGCUGCCCGACAGACAGUGGCAACUAAAAAGGGAAAGGAGCCGCCAGUCAAGGUUAUUUCUCCUCAGGGAUGGAGAGUCUUGUGGCCCGAUCCUUAUGGGGAUACUUCAAGUUGGACCGAGUCAUUCAGGGGUUUGCCUAGUCUAGCGGACUUUUCAUAUACCUGGAGGACCUAUAAAUCCACUUGGGCGGGAGGGUUGCGAGGAGAUUUGCCCGUGGUAGGAGAAGAAGAGAACGACGAUGACUCUACAUCCUUGGAUCCCGAUCAAAUGAAGAAAAACUUGACUAACAACGUAUCGGCCGCUCGGGACGAGGCGCACAGAUUAAAAGAAGAAGUCUCAAAUCGGACAGGGAUUAGGACACAGGCGGACUUGAAAGAUUUCGCCAAAGACAUGAUGACGCUGGCGAAAGAAUGUCUUGAAGAGUUCAUGUCUGGAUAUCGAAAUGGACGCGAUCAAGAGGUGGAUCGAAUGAUGAAUGAUUAUUUUCAGGAAGAAGAGGCGGAAGAGAUGAAGAAGAAAAAAGGGGUCGCAAAGCGGAAACGUCGACGAAAGCCAAAGAGAGCUAUUCUUCGCACAUAA